UCACAAUGUGUAUGAUAAUCAAGGUGGGUUUUUAAUUAAUAUUAAAAUGAACACUAGCUCUUUAAGAGGAUGUCCAAACCUUAUGUCUCCAGUUACUAGUUAUCCUAACAGUGAGUGGUUAAGUGGGCUGUCAUUCUGAAUGACAUCACCGAAUAACAUCCAUUCCUAAUCCAGUGAUCCACCUGCUCCGGGUGAGAUUGUGAUAGGCAGCAAAAUAAGAUCGUUUCAGAAAGCUUCCCUGUAUUUGCACAAGUAGUUGGCUGAAACAAUGCAGUCCUUGGACUCAGAGAAAGGCUUAAUCAAGUUCAGCCAUUGUAAGAAGGACAUAUUUUGUUCCUAUGUGCCCAAGCUGUGCCCUGUUUGUGGGCAGAGUCUAAACUACAGGAGACUGGAAGAUGCACCUGUCAGCAUUCCCAGCCCAUUUGUCAACGGGCAUAGGCAGAAAUGUUCAUUUUUACUUAAACCUACUACAGGAACGUUUCUUAGAGAGUAUGAUGGAAGCUCUGAUCUCCAUGUCGGAAUAACCAAUACUAAUGGGUUGGUGUAUAAUUACAAUGAAACAGGCAUUCAUAGAGUUGAACUUGGGUGGGAGCAAUGCAUUAGUAUCCCACUAAUGCAGCCAGACAUGUAUGGACUGCUUGAACAAUGGGAUAAGUACCUAGAAGAAUUCUCUACGGGAGAGGCCUGGUUUUUUCACAGGUACGAUGAACACCACCACAAUUGUUAUACCUUUGCACUGGCAUUUAUUAACUGUGUCUUGGCUGCACAAGGUAAGCAGCCAAUGAGUAAAAGUGAAUUCACAGAAAGAUUUGUGAUACCACAGACAAGGAAAGCUUCCAAGUAUAUCACUGUCUACCAGGAGGUAGCAGAAAAUUAUUUCUACAUUGGUGACACCCUUGAUCAAGAAAAAAACAAUUCUGGAGAGGACACAUUGUUACAUGUUUACAGGCAUUCAAAGCAAUGAAAACAGAUCCAUAAAUAGGAAAUCUUUGGGUCCAAGCUUCAGUUCUCCCUCUAUAUACCUGACAUGCCUUCCUGCAAUAUUUGAAAACUAACUGAUUGUAGAGACUGACUGUAGAACUCAGAUAUGUCUGAGAAAAGGAUCAUCCCUUUCAUCUCUCUCUUACAAGACAUUAACAUGACACAAGAAGGAAAAGACUUGUAUGAGUGUGUUCUGGGAGCUUUAAAAUUUUGCACUCUGCAACUAGCUAACUUUCAUGAGCACUAUCACUAUGGGAAAUUAUAUAUGUUCCUGUUUGCUAUAUCAUACUAAAAGUUGUAUGAGUGUAGUCAUGUUUUGUAGUAGACUAUGAGUGUUGUAAAUUAAAACAACAAAUGUAGAUUACCUUUUGACCAAAGUCAGAAAAACAGUUUGUGACAAAAAUGAAUGGUGACACUUAUUCACUAAAACACUGCUUGAAUUAAGAAAGCACUGCAAUUACUGGUCAUAUAUACUAUUUUCCUCAUAUGCAAUAUGCAGAUACUAAAAUGCCUGAGAUAAGGUACAAACUGAGUAAGUUUUAACUUUACCAAUAAGUGGCAAUGUUCAUUCAGUUUCUUGUAAACAUAAAGUACUAUCAUAAAUGCUACGUUGUACCUCCAUAUUUUUACUACCAUUGCAAGAAUAAAUAGCUGGAGUAAAACUAUACUCCUCUCUCUCUAGAGGGGCUAUUUUCCAGUGAAGUGUCUGGAAGUAUUCAGUACUCUAUAAGAAACAUUUUAUACUAGCCAACAGAUUUUGCAGGCUGUUGUGUCCAUAACUAGCACUGGACUCGUCAGAAUGUCCCUCAACAAGAAAUUAAAGGAUUUGAAAAGACUGAACAGCAGUUUUACAGAUUGUUUCUGCAGUCAUGCACUGACCUAUUAUGGCCAACUUUUGCUAGUUUUCACUGUUCUAAACCCUAAAUAACUUCACUAGAGUUAAUCCAGAUAGAUAUCAAUGUAACAGAGCAGAGUUCAGCCUUAUUUCUCCUCGUAGUUUUUGCAAAAGCUCAGCCAGAGCUAGGAUGAAUCCAGGUUCUAUUUUCUUCAGAAUUCUAAUAAAUGGUUCUUAAUUUUGUCCCA